CUUAUAGACCCGGGCCGCGCCCUGCAGGACUCAGUGUGUGCAGCAGCCCAGCCCGAACAUGCGACCCGCAGUGAGCCAUACCCUGGUGGGCGCGGUGGUGGCCGCGGUGGUGGCCGGCAUCACGGUGGCCAUCAUGUACUCUACGCUGCCGCUGUGCGACGAGGAGGACACGGUGUCGCCGUCGCCGCCGCCGUCGCCGCCGCCGUCGCCGUCGCCGCCGCCGCCGCCGCUCGACCCUCUGCGCCCCGCCUACCACUACACGCCCAAGAGCGGAUGGGUCAACGACCCCAACGGGCUCGUUUACUAUAAAGGAGAGUACCACCUCUUCUACCAGCACGACUACGAGACGAUCCUCCACGGCAACAUGUCCUGGGGCCACGCCGUGAGCACGGACAUGGUGCACUGGACCGAGCUGCCGCUGGCCAUCCCCUACACGGCCGACGAGCAGAUCUUCUCCGGCUCGGUGGUGGUGGACUGGGCCUGCUCCUCGGGGCUGUGCGCCACGCCAGACAUGCCAGUCCUCAUCGCCAUGUACACGUCCUUCAGCCAGCACGAAGAUGCCAACGGCAAGCACAUCCAGUCGCAGCACAUCGCGAGCAGCAACGACCUGGGCCGGACGUGGCUGAAGUACGCGCACAACCCGGUGCUGGACAAGAACGAUCCCGAGUUCCGCGACCCUAAGGUGCAGCGCUACGGCGACAGCUGGCUCGUGCUCGUGCAGCGCUCCACGGAGCACAAGCUCGAGUUCUACAAGUCGACCGACCUCAAGAACUGGGGCGACGCCGUCGGCUCGUUCGGGCCGGCGGGCGAGACGAGCGGCGUCUGGGAGUGCCCGGACAUGUUCGAGCUCGCCGUCGACGGCGACCCCAACAACAAGAAGUGGGUGCUCAUCGUCAACAUCAACCCGGGCAACCGCGUCGCAGGAUCGGCGGGCCAGUUCUUCAUCGGUGACUUCGACGGCAAGGAGUUCAAGGCAGAGACCACGACCGACUGGCUCGACUGGGGGAUGGACAACUACGCCACGAUCACCUGGGACAACGCACCCGACGGGCAGAGGUUUUCCAUCGGCUGGAUGUCGAACUGGAUCUACACCGAGCUCGCGCCGACCGGACCUAACUUCAGGAACACCUUCACCUCGCCACGUCUGCUCAAGCUCCAGACCAUCGACGGCAAGGUCAGGCUGACGCAGAUGCCCGUCAACUACCUGGACUCGAUCCGCAGCGGCCCCGUCAAGCAGGAGGACAAGGUGACGCUCAAGGACGCCAGCCACAAGAAGGACCUGCGCGGUCGCGCGGUCGACAUCGAGGUCGUCUUCACCAACACGGACGCCACGGAGUUCGGAGUGCGCGUGCACGCCGGCGAGAACCAGGAGACCCUGGUCGGCUACGAUGUCGCCACGGGCAAGGCGUUCGUCGACCGCACCAAAUCGGGCACGGUCAACUUCCACGAGAAGUUCCCCGGGCGCCACGACGCGCCCUUCGCGCUCCAGUCGGGCAGCAAGCUCAAGCUCCGCGUGCUCGUGGACCACGGGUCGGUGGAGGCGUUCUUCGGCGAGGGAGAGAUCGCCAUCACUGACGUCGUCUUCCCGGACCCCACAAAGGACGCCAUCGAGUUCUACGCCAAGGGCGGCUCCGUGGUCAUCGAGAGCUACAGCGUCUGGCAGAUGAAGGAGACCCACCAUCUCGUAUGAGGCGUCCCGACUGAACAGUCCUAGUCAUGUGAACCGCACUUACCACCCAAGUAUUAUUUAUUUACAUCAUAGAUAACAUUAAUUAUAUUAUUAUUUUUAUACGCACGUAACUUUAAGUUUUUGUUUAAUUGUCAUGUGAGGAAGGCUAUUUGGAUCUCACUAGUAAGUCCACUGCAGUAGGUGUGUCAAUGCAGGCCUGACAGCUGACGAUCCGCGCCCGAUAAGAUUAACGUGUUUACUGCAGUGACUCAAGUGGGUCCUCGAUUGCUUGUUUGUGAAACCCUUAAACUAUUCUCCACGUCAUCGGUUACUUGCCGCACCACGAUUUCGAAGCAAAGGUUCUGAUUAGUCACUACAGAGAAAUAACACGUGAUACCAUUUUGGGUUUAUCGGCACUGACCACACGCCAUGCCAUACAAUGCAAACAAAAUUGAGAUAAAAAUUAUGUUAUGGCUAAUUAUUUUGCAAACCGAUCUCAUUACAAAUUUUUUCGUCAUCUGUUAUAUGAAUUUUCGUGAAAUGACGAGAAUCCAAUGAUGAGGUGUGUGUAAAAAUAAUUAGCCAUGCCAUGACAUCCUCAUCACAAGUUUUUUUUUUGUAGUACGUCCCCAUUGGCAUAAACACCGCUAAAGUGUGUGAAAAUUCACCUAAUACUCUUAGUAAUAAGUAACUUCCAAAUAAGCGUGUUAAUAUACCCGUCAAAGGCCUUUUAAAGUUGUGUAAAUUACUAAAUACUACUGUUAUACAAUAAAUACAGUUUAAGAAAGA